UUUAUUAAUUAAUGAGCAUUAAAUAUUUAUUGAUAAAUCAUAAACUAUGAUUGUCCUAGGGCAUAUUUCCAACAAUUAGAACUAAAUAAUCAUCAUGCAAUGCUAAAGCAAAAGGCCAGUAAUUAAAAUAAAAUAAAAUAUUUAAACGUAGCACCAUAUGCAUUGGCUACUACAGUACUACUACGCAUUCAAUAUUUCUAGCUAGUGAUCUAAUUGGUUUAGUACUCUUGAAUUGGUAUGCUGAAGUCCAACACCAGAUCUCAACAUGGUAGCUUCAUCAUAUGCACCUAAGCAAAAGAUAAUUAUGGAUUAGGCACUUUAUUUGUUGUUGUUUCAUUAUUCUUAUGUGCAAAACAUAUAUAAGAAAUCAUUUAUUCGUGUAACAAUAUGUAAGAAGAAAAGCUAACCUCUAGACUAAUUGUGCUCUUCUUGAAUGCAAAGACCUCAUUACCGCCCACUUCUCUAUCUCACCUUUACGUAAUAUGUAACCUCAGGAAGAAUGGCUCGUCACCCAGACACCCACAUAUAUGGUUGGCUUGAAAAAAUACCAGAAAGAAUUGAUGUUAGUGAAGCAUUAUGUAGUUGUUUGUAUAUUUAUAUUGUUGUGUUUUCAAAAGCAAGACGAUUCGAUCAGCACCGCAAUAGACAUUUAAAUACUUCGUACCAUAAGUGAUAUUGCAUUGGAGUUUUAUCCUAGUGAUGAGAUGCGAACAACAAAACACUUAUUUAUAUCAAAUUUGAAUUGGAAUAGCAAAAGGCAAGUGAUAAUUAUGGCUCAGCAAAUGUUGUAGUGUCCACCAUUAAUGCUACGACACUGCUGCAGCACUUUGGGGAUGUCAAAAGACUCCUAAGGACUUGUUCCGUAUUAAUGUUGCAACACUUUGAGAAUACAAAUAUUUUACAUUAACGCACCAUUUUCCAAAAAAAAAAAAAAAAAAAACAAACGGGAUUACUCCAAAUCUGUUCACACUUCCCCUCCAAAUGCUUGCUGCCACUUUUACGUUUUAAUAUAUACUAGUAUACUACCCGUGCGAUGCACGGGGAAAUAAUUUACAUAAUGUAUGUAUAAAUGUAUAAUUGAUCGGUUGAGGUUACAAUGUAAAAUAUAGCAUUAUAAGCCGGCGUUGGGUUCAAAUGUUUUAAAUUGAAUUUAUUAUAAGAAAAUUCUUAAUCCCAUUUUAUUUAGUUGUGGAAUAAGUUGAGAAAAAAGUUUAAGAGAUUGAAAAAAACCACUAAUAUUAUAUUAUUACUCUUGGAAAAGUGGGACACAAAUGUGAUAUUGAUAAUUUUAAGUGAUCAUAAUUGUAUUCAAAGUUAUUAUAGUAUAGUUAUAAUAAGUAAAGUUAUUUGAAUAAUGUAAUCGAAUUAAUCAGUAAAAGUUAUUAAAUUAUAAUAGUCGGUAAAAUAUAAACUUAUCACAAUUAUAAUAGUCAGUAAAAGUUAUUAUACUCUGGAGUAUAAUAUAAACUUUGAACACAAUUAUAUUCACUAAAAGUUACUAAGUCAUAUUUUUGCCAAUGACUUUUGAGUAAUAUUUUAGAAAAAACAUCGAACAGAUUAUCACUUAAUUAAUAUACGGUUAAAUAUAUUUUUAAUUUAACUGACAGUCACAGACCAUAUUAGACUUAAAUAGAGCAGAACAGAUUACAUCAAAUGAGACUUUGAAGCCCAUGAACCAUACACUAUAAUAUUUGAAUCUAAUUAAAAACAUCUUUUUUCUUGUACUAUCUAAUGGUCGGGUGUUAUUAACUAAAUACCACCUCCUUCUCAUUCAAAGGUUUCAAAUCACAACUCACAUGGUCAACUUAUAUCAUUCUUAAUCUUUUGCUUUAUAUAUCAAAUUUUUAUCAAAUAUACAUUUUUAUCAAGCUUUGUAACGGUUUUAAUGUAGUUUUUGAACAUGUAAAUUUUGAUUACUAAAAAUAAUCGGAGUGUGAACAGAGAUCAAGUUGCUUUAUCGUUAAUCAAGCAUAGUAAACCGAAUCGGGAACCUCUCUAUGGGAUGGAGGGAGUAAACACUACAAUUUGUAGUACAUUGGGAAAGAGCUAUGAUGUUUUUACUUGGACUGUAAUUUGCUCGUCUAGUCUAGUCUGUUUAAGUCUGGUCUGAUCCGGUUGGUUUGAGUCAGGUCGGGUUUGAUCUGAACUGAUGUGAUCUGGUCUGGUAAACGUCUGUUUUCUGUGUAAAUUAUAACUACGGAAAUCAAGUCUAGUCUGGUUUGGUCAAUUUAAGUUUGUCCGGUCUGAUAUGGUCUGUUUAAGUCUGAUUUGGUCUGGGACUGAAAACAGUCCACGUAAAAACAUCCCUAAUCUUAUAGCAAUUUAUUUAAUAUUCCCUUGGUCUUUAUAAUUUUGUCAAGUUUCUCUUUUUAAUUGUCCCACUAAUUUUGUCAUUUUCUCUUUUAUAUAAAUAGUUUCUGGUUUCGGUUAAUCCACUGUUCUUGACACAUGUCUUAAUCACACAUUUUUUAUUUUAUUAUUCCACGUAAAGUCGUAUUUAAUUUGUUAAGUAGUGAAUUGUACGUAGUAGUUUUUUUAUUGCCACCUUUUUUAUAUAUCGGUACAUAUAUUUAAUUCAAGGGCAAUCUAUCAGACAAUUUUUUUAACAUUUUAAGAUAGUAUGUAUUUUUGUCAAGUACAUUUUUGUCAUUUUUUAUAUAGUGUUGAAAUUUUACCAAUAGUUUUUCUAAUGAGGCACACGAUGUGCUUUCCAUAUUCAAAUCUCAAUAAUGCCCAAAUUAUUGAAAUUGAAGAGAUUGCUGUUUAAUGGAUACAAUUUCUUUUGCAAGCAUUUUUCCAUUUUGAAAAUUAUAAUUUUAAGAUAUUUUUAAAAUGACCUCAAAUUGUUUAAAAUUUUGAAAAACUUCUUUACAAAUAUGAUCUUAUAGGAGAGAUUGAAAAUGACCUCACUCGUUGGAAUAAUUUAGCAUAAGUGUAACUUUUGCGGUUCAAAAACCAAACUCUUAAUUAAUAGCAUCUGUAGAUGUGAAUGAUCAAUGAUUACAAUAUAACCCUUCAAUAUAUUGAUCAUGUAUGAUCCAUAUAAACAUCCAAAGGAGACAUUUACAUGCUUACCUGUUUUUGGAAUGAAAACAACUUUUACUUUCCGAUGCAUAAAAAAUAGAAUGAAAACAACUUUAAAAUGUACGCAAUAACAUUAGACAUAUACUCCGUAUGUAGUCAAGAAAUAUACAAUUCAUAGUUUUAAAAUAUCUAUAUACAAGGUAAGUUGUCCAAUAUUUAUAUCUAUAUAUACAAAUAUAUACAAAUACUCCAUAUGUAAAAUUUUCUCCAAUUCGUUGCUUCUCUGUAUGCGUAUUUAUAAAGAUAUAAAUAUGUGAAUAUGGUGGGAUCUAUAACAACAGCAGGCAGCAGCUCUGACUACAAAAAAAGAGACCGUCAUCUAUGUCGGCAAAACACCUAGACCAGGACAUCUACGAACAGAAUGAUUAGAGCGACGAUUCAAGAGACCAGGAACACCAGCAACGACGACUUUUUGACUCCAGACUGCCACCCGAUUGAAACUCAGGGAGGGCGGCGAUGGGAUUCGACGGCGAUCUGCGGACAGAGGCAAGGUAGAGCAGAGAACCAAACACGAGUAAAGACCGAUUGAGUGCGCAGGAGAAUUUUAAUACGUUUCUAACCCAAAACGGCACCGUAUUGGGACCGGUAUACCAUGUGCAUGGUAUACCGGUCGUACGGUACAAUUUGCCUUUCAAGUGUGAGCAUCCCGAGCAACCUCCUAAGAUAGAAACCACGCCGACUCGUCGUCCCUAUCAACAUGAUGGUGCCAUCAAUUCCUUCCCAGCAGCGGACGACCGAGCGAGAGAGAAGGCGAACGGAAUAGAAGCUGCUGCCAGCCUCCAUUGUCGUCUGUGCACCACCUGGGACUGCUGCUCGACAACGGCGGACACAGAAAUUUUUGACAUGCGGGGCGGCAGUGUACAAAAAUACAUAUAAAUACACACACACACACACACACAUAUACUAAAUGUUUGGGAUAAAUAUACCUAGAAGAUUUUUUUUGGGAGAGGCAGCGGUCCCCAUUGCCCUGACCUAAAUGAUGAAAGAGGCGCAACUGCUCUGAUUUGGAUGAAACAUUGACUAAAAUACCCCCAACCUCCUUCGAUUCAUUUUCAUACUAUCUACCCUUAGUGGUCUUUUAUCAAGUUAAAAUUUUACCCUUUAAAUAUGAGUCUUGCUGAUCAGAAUGGAAAAAGCCAUUACAGUUGACCCAUUUACAUCGCAAAUUAUACCGUGGGAUGGGUAUACCAUGCGCAUGGUAUACUGAUCCCCAUACAGUGUCAGUCCAAUUAUAAGAAACAACGAAGAUCAAGAUUCUCUCGCCUAGUUCUCAACCCAACCAUUUCCAAACCGGAUGCUUCUACUACUUUCAAGGAGACAACCUCACCAAGAGUGUGCUGCCGCCCAUGGGGACGUUGCGUGGCUCAGAUCAAUGAACCCUCUGUGCAUGGGGAGGAGGAGAUCGAGUACUUUUGACGCCGCCAAUGAUGUCAUGCCCGACUGCUUACAACUACUCCGCCAUAGCCAUGUGCGAGGUCAAGGAGAGGACCAAUUUUGUUUAUCCGUCGCUGCUAUGAAAAUUUGAGGCUCAUCAUGAGAGCACACUGCUUCUUUAGAGUUUUUGAGACAGAGUUACACCUGGGACAACGAUUAGAUUUCCGAUGCUUUAAAAUAAUAUGGCAACAAUUUGCUGGCAAAUAUGCUAUAGCUGGAUGAUUGGCUUUAUGACUUCUUAGGGAAUAGUAUUGGCUCUUUUGAGCGUUUCAAUAAAUAAAAAAAUCAGGCUUGAGUUACAUUUCAAAUACACCAGAAUUACAUUUCGCUUUGGCUAAGUUACAUUUUGUAACACCUGAUUUACAUUUCAACUUUUCUCAAUAAGUACAUCUUGCUUACACGUGAUUUACAUAUGUCAUAAUACAACUUACACAACAAUGCAAUGCAAGUUACACAAGAAAAUAAACUCUUGCUAUUUAAACAAAAAUAAGUUUUGUAAAUAAAGAUCACUUUUAAUGGCCCUAAUAUUAAAAACAAAACAUAUACAAAAUUUAAGUAAAAUUAUUGGAUAAUUAGACUCCUUUUUCAUUAUUUACAUUGAAAUCAAUGUAAAAUUUAUCAUAUUUGUGUAUGAAUAUAUUUUUUAAAAGUAACACGUUUCACAUUUAUACACCUUUUUGUAAUUUUUUUUAUAAUCAUACACUUUCAGACUAAAAUAUUUUGUAGCAUGUUUUUUGUGUUACAAAGACAUUAAGUUUGUUUGUUUCGAUUUAAAUUUGAACAAAAACAUAAGAUUACAUUUUUCAUGUGUGUGAGUAUGUGUAUAGACAGUUUCUAUAGUUACAUUUCAUACUAUAUGGAGUUAUAUGUUUUGAUGCACGAGUUACAUUUUUUUUUGCGUAAGUUGCUUCUUUCUAUGCGUGGGUUACAUUUAGGCUUGCUCAACAAGUUACAUUUUGCAUACACCCAAAUUAGAUUUUCCUUCUAACGCGAGUUACAUUUUCCAUAACACGAGUUACAUCACAAAAUAAAUCCCUUUUAUUGAACCAAAAAACAAAUCCUUUUUUAUAUCAUUUUUUUACAAAAAAAAAAUGAUUUAAAACAUUUUAUGGUCUUAAUAUUAAAAACAAAACAUAUUAACUAUUAAGAUAAAGUAAUUAAGUAUUUAGACUCCUUUUUUUAUUGUUUACAUUGAAAUCAAUGUUUUAGACAAGUACACACGAGUUACAUCGUUCUACUACUGGGACAAUGGGAAAAAAAAGUAUUGUUCACAUGUGAACAAUAAUAUGCGGAUUUUUCCUGUGGGAGCAACAUGCUCACUGUGGGCUGCUCCCACGGUAUAACAACUGCAUUUAGAUAGUUUUUACUUUUUAGUUAGAGUUUUUUAGAUUUUGGGCGUGUUUGGCAUUCAUCGGUUAGCGGAUAGCGGAUUAUGUUAGUGGGUUGUCAAUAGCGGAUUCAAUCGGCGGGUUUGAUUAGCGGAAUAAAUUUGGCGGGUUGUUAGAAGAUGUUUGGUAAUUUAGCUGUUUGCCCAUAACAUUAGUAGAAAACUCCAUUUUUCAAAACGUCAACUCAAAACUCUCAUGUUAGUAGCGUUUUCAUUUAAGCGUUUUCGUCUAAAAAUUCUAGUGCCGAAUCACUAUUUACCACACAGUUUUUUCACCUAUUGAAAACGCUGAAAGUGGUCAAACCGCCAUUUUUCUUACCAAACACCCCAUUUAUCUAUCUAGAUUUUAGUGUAGAAUUGUAGAGAUUUGUCCUCUAAGAUUUUAGUGUGAUGAUAUUUUUCUACAUCUUCUACUUAGUUAAAUCAAAGUUUAAGUCUUUAGUUUUAUUUAAGCACUUUUAUUUGUAUGUUUUUUUAUUUUAUUUACAAUGCAUGAGUAGUUAGUUAGGUUAGUGGGUUGUUUGUGUUAAAGUAUCUAUCUCACACCGGAAAACUAUAAAACAAUAAAACACUAUAUAAGACUUUGGCUACUCCUAUCAGGGAUGACAUUUUAGGAUGGAACACAGAUCUUAAUAGUUUGGAGCUUAUUUUUAUUUGAUUGGAAUGUUGCGUGAUUAGUAUUGAAUUUUAUUGCCUGAAAUGCCUCAAUGACAUUAAUUAAUGCAAUUUUUGUUGGACAUUAUCGUAUAUUAAAUUAUGUAACAUUUAUUUUCUUGUACAAAGUUUGUACGUACUAGCUUAGGUUCAAUAUAAGGAUAGGAUUUGUGUCAUUAUUAUCUUCCUUAUUUUGUUGUGAGUGGGUAGCGUAUGCAACUCCUUUUUUGUUGUAUGUCAAUUGUAUAUAAGCAGGCAUCUCGUUCAUGAUGACCAUGCGUGAAUAAACUUAUUAUUCUCUCAAAUUUGUUUCCAAUUUAACAUGGUAUCAGAGCAGUGAUUUGGGCACCUCCCAUUCACGCACGAACAACAACGACAUGGCCGGAGAUGCAGCAAACAACGAUGGAGACGGCCAUUACGAAAGGCAGAAAAUUAACGAUCCGUCAUCUCCCUACCAUUUGUCGAAUUCAGACCAUCCUGGUAUGACUAUUUGUAGUGGACGUGGAACGGCGCACGCCAUGCACGUGGGAGAAUACCGUGAAGCCAAACCAGUGUUGCACGAGAACAAAGAGACCAACAUGCACAAACCCGGGUUCACGGAUGAGCAAUGGCAGUCCUUCCUAAAGCUGAUGGAAAAGUGUAAGACCACACCUACGAAAGAAAAAUUGACAGGUAUGAAAAUUACCGACGAAUGGCUUUUAGACCCCGGAGCGUCCUAUCACAUGACUGGAGAUCUAAAUAUGUUAAAAGGAAAAACAAAGAUAGCUCCAGUGGCAGUAGCAUUACCAAAUGGAGUUGUAACUCAAGCCACUCACGUAGGACAUGUUCUGAUCAGUUCGGCACUCACACUGAUGGAUGUCUUGCUCGUGCCUGGGCUACAGUGCAAUUUAAUCUCCUUAGGACAAUUAAUUGAUAACCGAAAAUGUGAUAUAUUUUUUACUAAUGAUUUAUGUGUGAUACAGGACCUACUUACGAGGACGCCAAUUGGAGUGGGUGAACGUCGAGGGGGAGUUUAUUAUUUCCGGAGUCUGGAUCGUGGAUUAGUGCACGCAGUGACAGAUUCUGGCUCAAGUGAAUUGUGGCAUUCUCGGUUAGGACACCCGUCUGUGCAAGUUUUACGUUUGCUUGGUUAUUCGAAUAAAACUUUGUUACAUAAUGUUCAGAAUAAAACGUGUGAUGCUUGUGUGCGGGGCAAACAAACACGUGACAAGUUUGAUAUUAGUUAUACUCGUGCUGUUGAACCUUUUGAAUUAAUACAUUGCGAUAUUUGGGGUCCAUAUCGUAUUCAAUCUUCAUGUGGUGCACAAUAUUUUUUUACUAUAGUAGAUGAUUUUUCAAGAGCUGUUUGGGUGCAUCUAAUGCGGGACAAAAGUGAGGUCAAAACUAUUCUGAAACAAUUUUUGGCUAUGACUAGUCGCCAAUUUAACAAAGAUGUGAAAGUUGUUAGAAGCGAUAAUGGUAAGGAGUUUGUUGCUCUCCACGAAUAUUUUGACAAAUGGAAUAAUUUUUCAAACGUCAUGUGUGUACACACCUCAACAAAAUGGCCGGGUAGAGCGGAAGCAUAGGCAUAUUUUGGAAAUUGCGAGAACUAUCCGCUUCCACGCUAACUUACCUAUAGAAUUUUGGGGGGAGUGUGUCUUGACAGCAGGGUAUUUGAUCAACAGAUUGCCAUCGCCGGUUAUAGAUAAUAAAAGUCCCUAUGAACUACUGUACAACAAACCACCGUUGUAUAGUCAACUUAGGGUCUUUGGGUGUUUAUGCUAUGCACGUGAGACACAGAAGAUCGGAGACAAGUUUGCACCACGAGGGGUUAGAUGUGUAUUUUUGGGGUAUGCUUACUCCCAAAAGGGUUGGAAAGUGUAUGAUCUCCAAGGUCAACGACAUUUUAUUUCACGAGAUGUUAAAUUUAUUGAAAAUACUUUUCCAUUUCGAGUGGAGAAUAGCACCUUGGAUACUCACGUAAAUGUUGACGUGAAUUCACAUGCACUGGAAAAUGGACUAUAUGUGGGUAAUGAUGAGGAUUCACUAGACACCUACAAUGGAAUGAACACGUCUACGAGGAAUGUUGUGCCAGACAUCAAUGAAACUCAUGCUGAGUCAGCAGAGAGCUCUCCUCCUUUGACUGUAGCGACAGAUGGCUCUCAUGCCACCAGCUUGGAGGCCCACACUCCGGACGGCUCACAUCAUGCACUAGACGAAGGUCAGCCAAGACGUGGGACACGACCACGUACAGCUCCAGCAUGGCACCAGGACUACGAAGUACAGAUGAACACAGUUAAAAUAAAUUCUCCCCUCGUCGGCACCACCACUUCAUCGGCUGAUUCAGGUACUCCUUAUCCCAUAUCUCAUUGUAUAAAAUAUAACCAGUUUUCGGUUCCACACUGAGCUUUUCUUGCAGCUAUUUCUAUGUCUAAGGAACCUGCUAGUUUUGGAGAAGCUGUCUGUGACCCACAGUGGAGGGCAGCGAUGAGCCGGGAAAUUGAUGCUUUGGAGCGCACUGGUACAUGGCGAGUUCAGGAUUUGCCGGUCGGGAAGAAGGCUAUUUUUUGCAAAUGGAUUUACAAGAUAAAAUACAAGAGUGAUGGAUCGGUAGAACGCUAUAAGGCACAGCUGGUUGUCUGUGGGAACAGGCAGGUGCAGGGAAUUGACUACAGUGAGACUUUCGCUCCGGUUGCUAAAAUGGUCACGGUUUGUACCAUUUUGGCGGUAGCAGCCUCCUGUCAUUGGGAAUUACACCAAAUGGACGUGGAUAAUGCGUUCCUACACGGGGAUCUUCGUGAAGAAGUCUAUAUGCACCCUCCGCCGGGCUAUUCCACUGCCUCUCCUGGCAAGGUAUGUCGGUUGCUUAGAUCCCUUUACGGGCUCAGACAGGCUCCGCGGUGCUGGUUUUCCAAACUUACUGCCUCUUUGAGGGAAUAUGGAUUUGUUCAAUCCCACACCGACUAUUCCUUGUUCACCAUGCGCAAGGAUAGUCGGAUAUUAUGUGUACUAAUUUAUGUUGAUGAUUUACUAAUCACCGGCAAUGACCGAACUAUGAUUGAGCAUUUUAAGAAAUAUCUUGAUGCAUCCUUCCCAAUUAAAGAUUUGGGUGUCAUGAAAUAUUUUUUUGGGAAUUGAAGUUGCUCGCAAUCCCACCGGCAUCUUCCUAUGUCAGCGAAAAUAUGUGCUUGAUAUUUUAUCUGAAACAGGGCUCUCAGGAUCCAAGCCGGUAUCUUUUCCUAUGGUUUAGAAUCAUCGGUUGCAGUCCGAUUCUGGACCAUAUUAUUCUGACCCAGAACGUUAUCGUCGGCUUAUUGGGAAGCUUAUUUAUCUGACCUUGACUAGGCCAGACAUUAGUUACUCAGUUCACAUCCUUUCUCAAUUUAUGCAACAGCCCAGAGUAGCUCACUGGGAAGCUGUGCUACGUGUCUUGCGAUACUUGAAAGGGAGACCUGGUCAAGGAAUUUUAUUGCGAUCACACUCUUCUCUUUCCCUCACCGGUUAUUGUGAUGCUGAUUGGGCGAGUUGUCCGGUCACUCGUCGUUCUGUUACAGGUUAUUUUGUCUCUCUCGGAUUUUCUCCUGUGUCCUGGCGUACCAAAAAGCAAGCAACAGUAUCUCGUUCUUCCGCAGAGGCUGAAUACAGGGCUAUGGCUUCGUUGACCUGUGAGCUUAUUUGGUUACGCAAUCUACUUCGGUCAUUGGGUGUAACUUCUUCUGGACCCGUACGGCUACAUUGUGAUAAUCAAGACGCUCUACAUAUAGCUUCCAAUCCGGUUUAUCAUGAGCGCACCAAGCAUAUAGAACUCGAUUGUCACUUUAUUCGUGAUCAUAUUCAAGCUGGUACAAUCACUCCUUCAUACACACCCACCACUGAACAACCUGCGGACUUGCUCACUAAGGCCCUCGGAGCUCAACAAUUCUCGUAUCUACUUGGCAAGAUGGGCAUUUGUGAUCCCCAUGCUCCAUCUUGAGGGGGGGGGGGGGGGUGUUGGAAAUUAUCGUAUAUUAAAUUAUGUAACAUUUAUUUUCUUGUACAAAGUUUGUACGUACUAGCUUAGGUUCCAUAUAAGGAUAGGAUUUGUGUCAUUAUUAUCUUCCUUAUUUUGUUGCGAGUGGGUAGCGUAUGCAGCUCCUUUUUUGUUGUAUGUCAAUUGUAUAUAAGCAGGCAUCUCGUUCAUGAUGACCAUGCGUGAAUAAAGUUAUUAUUUUCUCAAAUUUGUUUCCAAUUUAACAAUUUUGGAAAAUCUUUUAUUUAUUUAUUUUGGGAAUAUUGCGAUGAGAAUCGAAUAUUCAUUUGCCCAUUUCACACACACCCAAGCAUGACCGUGAGAGUGGAGGGUCCAGGGGCUCUUACUUUGAAUUAUUAUGUUAGUGUCGGUAGGCGAUUUCGGACCACGAGAGUGCCCAAGACCGGUUAUUGACCAAUCCUACGACCACGAGAGUGGCAGAUGAGCCGUUGUGCAUUCUAUUUCUUGUAAUAAAGUUCUAAUACUAUUUUGUUCGACUUUCAAUUGUAAUAUGAGUUCCAAACACACACCCAACACUCCUUUGCAUAUUAAUUUCGUAGUUUAGCUUCUUUUACUUCAAUGUUGGUCAUGUUUGUAUUAUAGUUUCGUUUGCUC